AUGCCUCCAGGAAAGCAACGUACCACUGCUCAUGCACAUCGGGCCAGUAUUCCCUAUCGGCGGACUUCUCUGGCCUGUGUCCGGUGUAGAGGAAGGAAGACCAAGUGUAGCGGUGACCUUCCUUCCUGUAGGACUUGUCGUGCCGGUAACCAUGGCUGUAUAUACUUGGAACAAGAACGGAAGGUUCAGGUUCCCGAGUUCUAUCUGCGCGACCUUGAAGCACGCGUGAGGGCGUACGAACAAAGCCAGGCUCCGAUCCCCAAGGCACCGUCGCCUUCAUUUCCAGCUUCAGCAUCUUUAAAUCCGAAAGGGAGUGGCGAAACAGAAGAAUUCGGAGAAAACCCUCUCACCGAAGGCAUGGCACAUCUUGUCAUGACGCCUUCUGGACAACGACACUACCUUGGCAACUCCUCUUCCACCAGUUUUGGCCUAAGGUUACGAAGCUUCGUUGAGACUCUCAGCCGAUUCGACCAUGACCUCUCGAUAGAGGUGCAGUGCCCGACGUACAAUCCUGCGGCAUGGCCUAAGCGCCGCCCUUCACUGACCAAGGUCCCGCAGUUGCCCCCUUAUGGCUUUGCGAAGCGUCUUUACAAAGCCCAAUUUGUCUAUAUUGGUACCAUUUUUUCAUUCGUUGAGCCUCAUGUCUUCGAAGCACGUCUUCAAAAAGCAUAUAAUCAAAUACCCGACCUUUCAGACCGCGAGGCGUGUCUUUCAUACAGUCAAGUCUUGAUCAUCCUUGCUUAUGGUCAAUUAUACAGUGUAAAUCAAUGGGAUGGACAUGACGGUCCCCCGGGGUUUGACUAUUUCAUGCAAGCACUACAGUUUCUUCCUGAUAUUCACGACGAAGGCUCCGUGUUAUUCGUCGAAGUUCUUUCCUUGGCAGGCUAUUUCAUGCAGAACUUGAACCGCCGAGAUGCAGCCUUCCUCUACACCGGCUUAGCACUGCGUAUGGCUAUAUCUCUCGGGUUGCACCAAGAGAUAGACGAUCCCGAAAUAGAUAACAAGGCACGGGAACACAGACGUCGUUUGUGGUGGUCUGUCUAUUCAAUGGACAGGAUCCUUUGCGCAAAAUCGGGCAACCCAAUCACUAUCCUAGACGAAGACAUUGGCGUUUCACACCCGUCCAGGCUGCCGGAAUGUGAACCGGAAGUCGGCCCAGCAACAGUGCUGCUACAUUAUACGGAGUUGUCCAGAAUCUUGGGCAAGAUAAUGAACAGCAUCUAUCGCAAGAAUCACAAGCCUGAUCUUGUUGCUUCUGUCUACAACAUCAUGACGGACCUCAACAAUUGGCGGCGAGACCUUCCUCAAGAACUUCAGUUCGACCCGAACAAGCUUGGAAAAGAUAUAUCGCGCGAAUCAGUCUCCAUUUUUCUGCAUUACUACCAAUGUAUCAAUAUGACUGCGCGUCCACUACUGUUCCGCAUGGUCCAGAAACGACUGGCAACCGGAGGCAAGGGUGAGGACACAGAUUGGCGCGUUCAUCUUUCUCCAACAGCUAUAGCUGUUAUUGAAGCUUGCAUAACUGCGGCUCGUGAUAGUACAAUAAUGAUGUAUUCUGCAGCAAAGCAGAAUCUUGUAGCCACCUACGGUUUUAUGGAUGGUGAACACAUCUUCAGCGCUGCAAUCGUUUUGGUCAUGAUAAAUCUUGCAUUUCCCUUUAAUGAAAGAGACAGGAAGUCGAUGAAAAUGGCACUGGAAGUUCUCUGUGGAAUGGCUGAGAAAGGAAACAGCCAUAUGAGAGCUCGGCACGAAUUGCUGAUGAAGUUGUGUAAUAUAGCCACCAUACCUUGUCGUGGUACUGAAACGUCGCCAGCUUCCUUUGGAGGAAAGGACACUGGUGAAGACCCGGCUACCCUGUAUGUCACUCCUAGCACCAUCCCCGCUACGAAUUUUCCACUCUUUGAGAAUGAACCUGGGUUAUUGCAAAGCAUUGGCUCUUUAGACGGUGGUAUCUGGGAGGAAGGCUAUGGGAACAUUGAUAUCGGGAUAGAUUUGGACUGGACACAUUGGACGGAAGCCGUCCAGGGAACUUGAAUGGAGAAGUAGUUGGCACUGAGGUUGUGGUCCAGAAUGAUUUCAACAAAUAAGUUCAGUUUCUUACUUAUAAAGUACUAUUGAAGAUGCGU